AGUUUUGCUGAUACCGUAAGAGAUAAAUGACGUGCCGCGGCGAGCGACGAAUUAGCGGCCCAAAACAGAGAAAAACUCAACAGCCAAAACACACACAGAAUACCAGAGAAACAGAAGCAAGCAACAAGCAAAUGUUUGACCCGCGGGAAAACAAAAUGUAAUAGCUAAUGUAGCAAAAUGUGUUUAAGUUUAAGCCAGAAAGUUAGCAUAUAAAACGUCCACAAUUAGUGCAAAAAAGUUCAAAACCUGAUCAAUUUUCGAAAUCAAACAAAUACCUCAAGCGUAAAGAAGUAACAAUAAACCAACAAGCAAACAAACAAACAAGCAACGAACCGAGUGCAAAAACUUAGUGCAAUUUCUUUAAUAAGAAAAUUUGAAGCCCCCAAAAAAACAGACAUAAUAAUCAUGUCUAGUGUGUAGAACGUUGCGUAUACGCAAUAUUGCCAAACCCAUUAACGCAGACAUCACGCAUACGCCGCGUCGUGCAAAAUGAUUAUGGUGCAACAUUUGGUGGCCGCCUCGGCGCACAACUUCGCCAGCCAGGCGGCGGCAUCGCUUGUCAAUGUGUCCAGCUCCAGCUCUAGUUCCAGUUCGAGUUCCUCGUCCUCGCUGUCGCUGUCUUCAUCCUCAUCCAGCUCCUCGCUGUCCUCGGCCACGCCCACGCCGGUGGCCUCGCCCGUGACGCCCACAUCUCCACCGCCGGCAGCCGCCGCACCCGCAGAAGCCUCGCCGCCAGCAGGAGCUGAGUUGCAGGAGGAUGGGCAGCAGGCUAAGACUCAGGAGGAUCCUACUAUGAAGGACCAAGACAUGCUGGAAAAGACGAGGCAAGAGGUGAAGGAUCCAGUUAAUGUGGAGGAACCAGGUGCCAUAGUUGAUACCGAGUCAGUGAUGGCGCGGCAAAGUCCAAGUCCAGUUGCGUCCACCAAAGUCCCCGAGUCACUAGAAGAGAUUUCCAACAAAUCGCCGCCCGUUCAAGAGGAUGAAGAGGAGUCUGAAUCCGUAGCCUCCGACUGUCGCGAGUUCAAAGUGCUCUAUAAUCACCUAAGGCAGCAGCAACACCACCACUCUCCCUCCUCGCCAGACAAGACGCGCAGCACCCUGGACGAUGUGUCCAAGAUCCUCUGGGAGCGAAAGCAGCAGCUGCAGCGCAGCUCAGUGAUUACCGCAGCACCCACUCUGCAGCCGCAGCAGCACCAGCAGCCCAUGAGCGACAUCGAGGACGAGGAGACGCUGGAGGAUGUCGAUGACGCGGAUGCGGACGUGGAGGCAGACGCCGAGGACGAGGAGCUACUGGAGCAGUACCAAAACGGCUACGACUCGCCACUGGAUCUGUCCCUGGGUGGAGCCACCAGUGCAGCCGCAUCAGCUGCCGCUGCCGCCUCGGCGGUCAGUCGCCGACGGGGACGCACCUACUCCGGCACGGAAUCCGACGACUCCGCGCAGUGCGAACGGGCGAGGAUGCGACUCAAGCCGGAACGCAAGGCGGAGAGAUCGGCGGCCUACAAGAAGAGCUUGAUGAAGCGAUAUUACACCGAAAUUCCUAUUGUCAAGCAAUCGACAAGUCCGGCACCGCAGCAGCAACUGCAGCAGCAGCACCACCUGCAACAGCAGCAACAGCAGCAGCCGCACAACGGCUCCACCUUCGCCGGCGCCACCGCUCUGCUCCACAUAAAGACGGAGCAAAAUACGCUGCUCACUCCGCUCCAGCUGCAGCAGCAGCAACAACAGCAGCAGGGUCUACACGGUGCGGCAGGCAACGGAGGCAGCAGCAACGGCAACAAUGCCCACCAGCAGCAACAGCCGCUGGCCAUCCCACAACGCCCGCUGCUCCACAAUCUGCUUAGCGGCGGUGCCAUCCACAAUCCGCACCACAGAAACUACACGACGGCCACAACAGGUUCAUUUCCGCCCAGUCCCGCGGACAGCGGCGUCUCCGACGUGGACAGCUCCAGUUCCGGCGGCCAGCCCUGCGCCGACGAGCUGAAGGCGCGUCUCGGGAUGCCACCAGCCACCUCGGCGUCGGCAGCGGCCGCGGCAGCAGCGGCGGCGGCGGCAGCGGCACACCUGCACACGGGCACCUUUCUGCAUCCGAAUUUAUACCAGAACAAUGCGGCAAAUUCGCUGCGGAACAUAUGGAAUCGCAGUGUUGGGGUGCCCGACAACUACUACGGAAGCAGUGGCGCCGGCAGUGGGGGCACCCAGCCAGGUGGUCCGGGAAACCCCCAAACGCCUGGCUACCUGACAACGUCCUACUUCAACGCACCGACAGCGGCAACGGCAGCGGCGUCCCAGCGAGGAACCACAAUCAAUGGCUAUCAUUCCCUGCACCAGCAGCAGCAGCAGCAACAGCAGUCGCAGCAAUCGCAGCAGCAACAGCAACUGGCCCACCAGCAACUGUCGCACCAGCAGCAGCAGGCGUUGCAUCAGCAACUGUCGCACCAACAGCAGCAGCAGCAACAGCAACAGCAGCAACACCCGCACUCCCAACUGAACGGUCCGCAUCCGCACUCACAUCCGCACUCUCAUCCGCAUUCGCAUCCGCACGCGGGCCAGCACACGCAUUCCACAAUCGCUGCAGCGGCGGCAGCGGCAGCAGCAUCUGUCGUCAGCAGCAGCAGCAGCGCCGUUGCAGCGGCAGCCAUGCUGAGCGCCAGUGCAGCGGCAGCAGCAACGGCGGCAGCUGCGGCGGGCGGAUCCCAGAGUGUUAUCCAACCGGCGACGUCCAGCGUCAGCUACGAUCUCUCCUACAUGCUGGAGCUGGGCGGAUUCCAGCAGCGGAAGGCGAAGAAGCCGCGCAAACCGAAGCUGGAGAUGGGCGUAAAGCGGCGCAGCCGGGAGGGAUCCACCACCUAUCUGUGGGAGUUCCUCCUCAAACUGCUCCAGGAUCGCGAAUACUGUCCGCGUUUCAUCAAGUGGACGAACCGGGAGAAGGGCGUCUUCAAGCUGGUCGACUCGAAGGCUGUGUCCCGCCUGUGGGGCAUGCACAAGAACAAGCCGGACAUGAACUACGAGACGAUGGGCAGGGCGCUGAGGUACUACUACCAGCGCGGCAUACUGGCCAAGGUGGAUGGCCAGCGGCUGGUCUACCAGUUCGUGGAUGUGCCCAAGGACAUCAUCGAGAUUGACUGCAACGGUGUGUGAAGUGAUGAGGACGAGGAGGACGACGAGGCCUGUAAAUAUAGUUCGAUCCCAGAUCGCAGACGGAUCGAGCUGGAAUGGCAAUAGGUUUUGGGUGGGGUAUAAAUCAACCGGCUAGCGGCAAUAGUGGCUGAAGGCCACGCGAGAUAGGGAUUUCUUUGUACAUGCGUUGAGUUUCUUGGUUAGCCAGCGAUAAGCGUAGGUUACACACAUAGCUGAUAGUCCCAAUACGCGUACAUAUACUUAUAUAUAUAUAUACAUAUAUAUAUAAAUAUAUAUUCACACCCUGUGUCCUGUACCCUAUACAUACACCCAGCUAAAUCGACGGUAAAUAAUGAUCUAUUCAUGGGCGUUAGUGUUGUACUUGUAACUGUAGAUUUAACUGUAAACUGUAACUGUAAUGAAUAUUGUUAUUAUUGGUUAUUAUUAUUAUUAUUAUUACUAUUACUAUUAUUAAUAUUAUAAUUAUUAUUGCUACUGCUAUGGCGGAAGGAAGAGGACGAAGGACGACCGAAUUGAUUCAUAUUGAUAUUCGAUAGAUGUGUGUAAUAUGUAAAUGAGUACGAACCCCUAUAGCUGCAAGAAUUUCUCUAUCUCUAUUGAUCUAAUGCUAAAUCUAAAUGUAUAUGAGUAUGUAUAUGCCUAGCCUAAUGACCUUUCAACUGUCCCCUAGCCCAACCCGCUGCCCGAGGACAAGCUCAGUGCAGAUGCAGAUAUGGGUCUAUGUAUGAACAUAUGUAUACGGAGAUCUGAACGAUCUGCACGGGUGUCUGUGCUUGGGCUAAUUGUUUUUGUUGCUUAUUUUAUAAACGAAGAGAGAUGGAAAUUUAUUAUUUCAUAGUUUUAGCUAUUUGUACGACUACGUUUAGGAUAUUUAUUUAAGUGUUUCUCCAGCUAAUCCCCCGAAACUUUCCCCAAAACAACAAAAACACACACAUCCUAACUGGAGCUAAGAACCCAGCAAACUGGUGGUCUAAACUUUCUUGUAAUUAUUAUUUGAUAAGUUUUGUAUAUUUACAACAUCAACAGCAGAAAAGCUCACAGGAUAAACCCGAAGAAGGCACUUCUUGAGCCCUCGUUUAAGCAGUCUUAGAACACCAAACCAAACUCAAGUCUCUCGAUCUGAAGUUUAUUUAUAAAGCAUAAAGUUAAACUACCGUAUUCUUGUUAACGUCACACUGCCACAAAUCGAAACAAGCCUUACAUAAUGGAACAGAUCUGGACAUUUAAUCGAACCAAACCGAGAUACUGACCCAUAGUUUCAACAAUACUGCAACCGCAAUCCUCAAUGCAAUAUACCGACAACUUCUACAACAAUUUCCAAACACUGCCCAAAACGUGCAAUCUCUUGAAAGGAUACCUUGAAUAGGAAAGAGAAUAAAACCAACUCCUAGUUCUUUAAUCUAAUUCUUUAAUAGUUGCGUUCUCUAAGUACCUUUAUCUAUUAUUAUUAUUAUUAUGUGUACGUGAAGAUGAAAUCUACAAUAUAUCAUUUUGUUUAUGAUGAUUGGUGAUUGAUGAUGCAAAUAAACAAAGUGAGUCUUGAGUUCAACUCUGUUCAUUGUAAACAAUUUUUUAUGAUUAUUUUUUAUUUUUUAAAUAAAAUUAUUAUUUCAAUUUGUGCAUGCGUUUUAUUUACACAUUCGCAAACCAAACACACCAAAAAAAAAACAAACCAAUAUAAAAACCGAAUGAAAUAUAGAACGUAAGCAAAGAUAUGAUACAAAUAUAUGGAACCCGCUACAAAUUUGGAAUCUAGAUAUACCUCCCAUGAAAAGUACAUAAUGUUGCAUAAGUUACAAUAUAUUCAAAGUCUAUAUAGGAUAGUCGAGAUUCGGAUUGACGAUAUUUGAAGUCGAGAUCACAUAUUUUAGAUAAAGUCCAGUCGGUGUAUUUUGUAGUUCUAAGACACCAUUUCACGAGGUCUCAGUUUAUGAGGUUUCCCCCAGAUCAUGGAUUUAUAUGUAUGUCUAUUUAUUGGCGUAGAUCACCGCAUCUACCAUUAUUACCUAGCGUAAAUCAGUUAUUAGUUGUUAGGGAAUGAAUAUUUAAAUGUUAUAAGACCUUAGAUAUAAGCACACCCACAACAAGAGCAGCAUCGAACCAGAUAUGCAAAAAUCACGAGUCGAGUACAACGAAAUCGGUAAACAAGAAUCUGAGCCACAACCCGGAUAAUGCAGCUUUAAAUCGAGAUAGUACAUUUAAAUUUCAAUCUCCUAUUUCCCAGAGAGCUCUCCUUUCACUUCGAUAGCCUAAAUCAGUUGGAGACUCCAACCCGAAAGCAUUUAUACAUGCUAAGCACGAUAAUUGUACAUAUACAACUUCUGGACCUCAUGACUCCACUCGAUUAUAAACGUAUUUUAUAUGUAUACACCAAUUAUUUGUUAGAUUGGAUAACCCCGAAUGGCUGGAUAAGACCAACUAAAUUAUAUGCAAUAGAAUAUCGAUGCCGUUGGGCAAGAUUUCUAUGCUAGGCUAAGGCUAAGACAAGAUAUCUUUCUAUUGGUAACUCAAAAACGAAACGAACUAUAUAGCUUUUAAAUGGAAACGUGCGAUUAUUCAAAGGUAUUCUAUGCCGCCUGAGAAUAGUAGAGAUAUGGAUUGGCCUAGAUUUAGACGAAUAUGUUGAAUGCAUUAACAUUAGAUACGAUUAGUUUUUGACUUACUAACCUAAGUUAAGUUUUUAGACUGUUUAUUUCACUUUUUGUUCAAUCUUUGUACAUUUGACAGACACAUUUUAAAAAUGUCUGCGAUGAGAAAUCAGCUAAAGCCAGCCACAAUAUAUAUAAUAUAUAUAUAUAUACUUUAAUGCUUAUGUAGUAAGGAAACGAACGUUGGAUCGAAGUCAUGGUAUGUAGGUGAAUUUUAUGGUUAGAGGCAAGCGCAAGCGAACGGAUUAGAUUAAUUUUUAUAAGAAUGCAUUAAGAAAAACGAAGCAAGUAACAGUCACAAGCUAGCAUAAUUAUUUACUGUUAUGACGACAUAAGAGUUUUAAGGUUUUUAGCUAAAUUUUGUAUAUUUUAAUCUACAAACUAUAAAUAUAUAUUAUCUGUUUUAUAAAUAACAAUAAAAAAUUCAUAUGUGUUUUUAUGACAGAUUUC